AUGGUCAACAUCACUCGUCGCAUGACGAAGCUGACUGCACUGCUACAAUUAAGAGUGGGAUCAGGCGCAGCCAUAUUACCUCCCGAGGUAGAGAGGAUACACCUGGAAUUUGCUAGAGCACGCGACGAUGGACACAGUGGCCCCAGAGUAUUCUGGCGGAACGAGCUACGGCGCCUGAAAUACUACAAUCCCUCCAUCCCCAUGACGAUAAGCCGAUCGAUGAAUCCCGCAGACCCCGCUACAAUGGAAAUCCACUUCAAAAAGGCUGAUGGCACGACCACACCCGAAUCAUCAACCGAGACUCCUCCGCCCACAACAACUACAGACUCCUCAUCUAUACCAGCGACAGAAAACCCCAAGGUCGUUGAUAUCAAGGGUCACGGCCCAGGGUUCAUUUUGCACCAGUUGAUAACAUAUACAAAUGCCAAAACAGUAGAGCCAACGGAGGAGGACCUUGUGCAGUUAGAGGAGAUGAAGGAGAAGAAGGAGAGAGGGCGGAAGGAUAGUGUCUUGAUGCAGAAGGUAAACAAGAAGCGGAAGGAGGAUAAGGAAAAGGAUAUUUUAGCACGAGGGGGCAUGGUUAAUCUGGCUGAAAGCUAA